AGAUUACUUUGAUCAUCACACCAUAUGACACAAUAAUCUUCUUAAUUAGACUUUUCAUUUCCUCUAUACACUGACAAGUCACUGGAAGAAGAAAUAACAUUUUGCAACUGAUUCACUUAUAAUGGAUAUUAAUGUAAAUCCUCAAAGAUUCAUUAAUUAUGGAUGGUGGGCAACCCGAUCCCGAAGAGAAAAGCGUACAAUUCAGGCUGUCAUUUUUACUUGUAUAGUUCUGGUUGCCCUUAUAUUUUCAUUGACUGUUUCAUAUGAAGAAUUAGAUACAAAGAAAAAGAAUAAUUUUGAAGAUCCAGAUUCCUUUUCUGCUAAGUCCAGAAAUUUGAUAAUGAAUGCUUAUUUUGAAAAUCAAUGGAAAUCUAAAUUCCCUUCAGGGAAUGAAAUUGAUGUUCCAAUAAUGAGGACCACAACAGAAAAACUGUUAACUGUACAGAAAAUUCCUCCAUUUGAAGAAGGGAGUCAGGGAAAUACAAUACAUAAAAACAGAUUUCCUCAACAGAAGCCUAAUGAGAGACCUACAUCUAAAACAUUAUCUGAUUCUACUCCAAAUAUUUCUUUAAGGCCAACACAAUCUAAGCAAUUACUCUUUACUUUAACUACACAGUAUUUGCAGAAUACAUCCAUUUCUCAUUCCAUGAAACGGCCACUAUUUUCUUCUAUGAUUACUGAUACAACAACUAUUCACACAACUACCACUACUACUUCAGUAACUAUUCCUACUACUACUACCACCACUACUAUAACUAUUCCUUCACCUCCUACCACUGCUGCUACUACUACUACUAUUACUACUCCAGUUACUACUACCACUGCUUCUACUUCUACUUUUUUACCUACUCUCAUGGUUUCUCCUCCCAAAUCAAUAAUUACUACAUCUUCUCUAUCCCUUGUGACUUCUAUAUUUAAGCUUACUCCAGUUCAUCAAUCAAAACCUAUCUUCUCAACUGGCUCACCUGAACAGUUACCUGUUAAUCCAAUUCUUACUCCAGUUUCCAACAGUUCUGCAACCAUAACUACACCAUCUGUUUCUGGUGACACUGAAAGAAACAGAAACAAUUCUUACCAAAACAGAAUUGGCAUGGAUCAUAUUUCGUCUCAAAGUAUAAACCUAACAGCAAUUUUAAAUACAUCCCAAAUCUCUGGUAAAAAAUUAAAUGAAAGUUUUGAUUUCAUAGAGGGAAAUUCAACAUUCCCUUCUGUUCCAAAGUCAGUUUUUGCAACUGAAUCUAAUCAUAAUUAUUCAAAUUUCUUUCUUGAUGUGGAAUCUUCAACUUCAAACAUUGCUAAAUCUACUCUUGCUGAUUUGAAUAACACAGCGGAUCAACAACAAAAUAAUUCUUUGAAUUUCACGAAUUCCUAUUUAAAUACUUCUGAAACAACUAAUAAUGUUAAAUACCUCACAAACCCCACUGAAAUGACAUCAACAUCACUAACCCAAACCACAAAUGCUCCAUUGAAUAAUGAAUGUGUGGAAGAUGAGUGUCUGAUAGUUGCUAAAUCUUUCAAACUAUCAAUUGAUGAAAAUACUGCCCCUUGUGAUGACUUUUAUCAAUAUGUUUGUGGAAACUGGGAACAAACAACCAUUUCUCCUCCUAUCCCUCUUGGAAUUUCUGGUGUAGUUCUCACAGAUCGGAUUAAAAAUGAUAUCAAAGAUUUGCUGAUGCAAGAACUUCUACAGUAUGAUUCAAAAGCAGAGAAAAAUGUGAAAACCUUGUACAAGUCUUGUGUGUUUUCAGAAAAGUAUGGGAAAAACAGUCUAGUGUUCAUUCAAAGAACAUUGUCAGCUUUAACAAGUAUUGCACAGACCAAAAAGCAUAAUUCUAAAAAGCCUGAUUUGAAUCGGUUGGUUACAGAACUAAUACCCCUUUACAGUAACUAUUUAUUACCUAUUGGAGUUGUAAAAGAUCAGCAGAAUGUCUCAAAUAAUGUCUUACAUGUUGGCAUUUUACCUCUGCAACUGGUGAGCAAAGAAAAUUAUGAUUCUAAGUUACCAUACUUUGCAGCAUUCAAACAACUACUGACACAAAUUGCAAAUGAGAUGCAAGUACAAUCAAUUGUGCAUAAAGUUAUUGGUUUAGAAUUACUUCUUUCACAAAUCACUCCAAGUGUUCCAACAGAUGUACGGCAGAAAUAUAACCCAAUACCAAUAAGUGAACUUGAAGAAUCUUCUCAGCUUUCUUGGCAGAAAAUUUUUCAAGCAGCUUUAGAUCUCACUGGAAAGAAUGUCACCAUCAGAGAUGAUGAAGUUGUGAUUGUUGAAUCACCAAAAUACUUAAAAAAUCUGUUAGAAGUGUUUAAAAAUACAGAAGAACAUGACUUGAUAGACUUUGUACUGAUGAAGUUUUUAAUGUCCAAAAUUGAUGCCAUGCCAGAUCCUUUCUAUAAAAUGUACCAAAACUAUAAACAUAUAACUAGUGGUAUCAGUGCAGACAACCGACCCCUGAGCUGUGUCCUGUUUGUUGGAAAUCUAGUGCCAGGCGUCCUCAGUAAAAUCUAUGCCAGACGAUAUUUUUCUGAUGCUGAUAAAUACAAGAAUAUCCAUGUUCCAAAGAUGAUCAAUGCAGCUGUUAUAAAGAUGGUUUCACACAUUCAUUGGAUGGAUCAGGCCACAAAAUGGGAAGCCCUAAAAAAGCUCUACAGCAUGUUACAAAUGAUUGGUAGUGAUGAAAACCUUAGUGCAGAUCCCUUUAUUGAGCAGUUUCAGUUCAAUGAAAACUUCAUGAGUAACUUGUUUACAAUUGACAAAUAUAAGUUUAUACAAACAUUCAGUAAACUGAGAGAAAUUAAUUCAAGAGGAAGAUGGUCAUUGGAUUCCCAUCCUUUUGAAAUAAAAGCUUUAUACACACCUGAGCAGAAUUCUAUUUAUAUCCCAGCAGUUAUGUUCCAGUUACCACUUUUCCAUGACGACCUGCCUUUAGCAAUGCAGUUUGGAGCUUUAGGAUCUGUGGUUGGCCAUGCUUAUAUACAUUCACUGGAUCUUCAAGGAUCACAGUUUGAUGAUAAUGGUAAUAUGAAAAACUGGUGGUCAGAGCAGACUAAGAGAAACUUCUUAACAGAAGCUGAGGCCUUAAAUUCAGAUCCUAUAAAGGAAUUACUUCUACAAGAUAUCUUAGAAAGUAGUGCUGAUAUUGGUGGACUCAAAAUAGCCCUUCAGGCAUAUCACAAAAUGAUGCAAGAAUUCAACUUGGAACCAUUGAGAUUACCCGGAAUGAAUUUUACCAGUCAGCAACUGUUUUUUGUUAGUUAUGCUCAUGCAUGGUGUAACAAAAAAAUGAUGCAGAAUGCAAUGGAUUCAAAAUAUACAAAAUCAAAUAUGUCAGGUAAAAGCAGGGUCAUCAUUACUUUGCAAAAUACUGAAGAAUUUGCCAAGGCAUUUCAUUGUAAGCCGACUGAUUUCAUGAACCCCAAAAGAAAAACAAUUCUAUGGUGAAGGAGAACAUAGUGAACUCUCAAAACAGAAGCCUUUGGUGGAACUUUCAGAAAUAGCUCUACCACAUAAGUUGGAUUUUCUUGAUUGCAACUGGGAUUUUUCAAAUCUUUUGUGUGCAAAAUGAUGGGAAGAAACCUUUUCUAA